AUGACAAAAUCAUACAGAUCUAGAACAGGAAUAAGAACCAAGAGACAGACCAGAAGACUUGCACCUCCGUCCCAGCAAGCAAAGGAACCAGAUAGGAACGUCCUACCAACUUACCAAUAUCAUAACCAGUACGAGAACCAGUUCGAGCCGGUACCGAUAACGUUCUACUAUGUCGUCUUCCCACAGGGUGAAUCACAAAAUGAGCCCGAUGGUGGAACGAACAAUUCCCAGACGCAUCCGAAUCCACUUCCAUAG